CAACCAACUCUAUCUAACCUCGUCUUCUCCGUCCGUGCCUCUCAGUUAGCCGCGUUUUGGAUCUAUAUCUUCAGUUUACUUCAUUUCUGAAAACCAUUUUGCUCCAAUCUCACCACACUCUCUUUCAACAAACCAGAAGAGACUCCCAUUUUCCUUGCUUAGUUGCGGUGUCAAGUGGUAAAACUUUCACUUAUUGAGAUUAUUUUGAGGUUGUUCCGUACACCGAGUUACCAAUGGCGUCGUUACUACUAUCUAGGGUUCCUACAACAACGACAAACACAAUCUCAUUUUCUUCAUCUCUGAAUAACAAUUUACCGUUUCCAUCUCGUCGAUUAUCAUUAACAAGCCCAUUUCCAAGUAAACCCAAUCGAAAGAUCCCAACAAUUCAAGCGAAAAUUAGGGAGAUCUUCAUGCCAGCUUUGAGUUCAACAAUGACUGAAGGUAAAAUUGUAUCUUGGAUCAAAUCCGAAGGAGAUGUAUUAUCAAAAGGUGAAAGUGUUGUUGUUGUCGAAUCUGAUAAAGCUGAUAUGGAUGUGGAAACUUUUUAUGAUGGAAUUCUUGCUGCUAUUGUUGUUGCCGAAGGUGAAGUUGCUCCUGUUGGCGCUGCUAUUGGUUUACUUGCUGAAACUGAAGAUGAUGUUGCUGAAGCCAAAUCUAGAGCUUCAUCCAAAUCAACUUCUACUUCUCCUCCUCCUUCCCCUCCCUCUGAUAUUCAACCAACUUCUUCUCCUUCUCCUCCACCAGUAAAACCUAGUUCUUCUUCUUCCCCACCUACUGUUUCAGAAGGUCCAAAGAAGACUGUUUUGACUCCAGAGGCAAAGAAACUUGCUAAGAAACACAAGGUUAAUGUGGAAUCAAUUGUUGGAACUGGACCAUUUGGUAGAAUUACACCUGCAGAUAUUGAAUCAGCUGCUGGCGUUUCACCUUCUUCCAAGAGUGUUAGUCAAAUUAGCAAUGUAGCUCCAGCUGCUCCCAUUUCUUCCACUUCUCCUCCUCCUCCUAAAGCUUCACCAUCUGCUCCUUCUCUUCCUGAAAUUCCAGGUUCUACAAUUGUUCCUUUUACUACAAUGCAGUCUGCGGUUUCCAAAAAUAUGGUGGAAAGUCUUUCAGUGCCUACUUUCCGUGUUGGUUAUCCUAUGAAAACUGAUGCCUUAGAUGCCCUUUAUGAAAAGGUGAAGCCUAAGGGAGUAACUAUGACUGCAUUGUUAGCGAAAGCCGCCGCUAUGGCUCUUGCUCAACAUCCUGUUGUAAAUUCUAGUUGCAAAGAUGGGAAGAGUUUUACUUAUAACUCCAGUAUAAAUAUUGCAGUGGCAGUUGCAAUUAAUGGUGGGCUCAUAACACCUGUGCUCCAGGAUGCUGAUAAGUUAGAUCUUUAUUUGUUAUCUCAAAAAUGGAAAGAACUAGUAGAGAAAGCUCGUUCUAAACAACUCCAGCCCCACGAAUACAAUUCAGGGACAUUCACACUAUCCAAUUUGGGCAUGUUUGGAGUGGACAGAUUCGAUGCCAUACUUCCUCCAGGCCAAGGGGCUAUCAUGGCUGUAGGGGCUUCCAAGCCUACAGUUGUGACAGAUGAAGAUGGAUAUUUCAGUGUGAAGAAUCAAAUCCUGGUCAAUGUAACAGCUGAUCACCGGGUUAUAUACGGUGCUGACUUAGCAUCCUUCCUGAAGACAUUUGCAAAGAUUAUAGAGAACCCAGAAAGCCUCACAUUGUAGACAGAGAUUGGCUAAGCUUCAUAUUGCUAUCCGGCGGGUCAACCACUUUUAUGGAUGCAUGAGAGUAUCAUGAUUGAGAGUCGUCUUAUAUUUGAAUUUUGAUAGUUUAGGCCCAGAGCCCAGAUAAGUUAUUGUUAUUAUUGGGAGGGUUUCCUUGUCAAAUGGAAUUCAUGUCAGGUACCUUUGUCCUUGUGUAACACAAUUGAAUGCCGUUUGAGCAAACUUAACUAAUCAUUCAGGCAGUUGCGUGUUCCACUCUGGACUGUGGCUUCUUUUAAUGAUGGUUUAGUUGUUUAUACGGCCUUGCAUACACUGCGCGGUCGCAUGAACUGGUUUAUGUGAAUGUGAUACUUUGAUAGUGGUGUUAGAACAGAACUAUGAGGUGCCAAGUAAUGGAUGAAAAGGGUUAAGGUGUUGCCAGAUCCCAGUGACACGAGUACUUCACCA